UGCUCUGAGGACCUGGACAGGCCAUGCCACUGAAACACUAUCUCCUUUUGCUGGUGGGCUGCCAGGCCUGGGCUGCAGGCUUGGCCUACUAUGGUUGCCCUAGUGAGUGUACCUGUUCCCGGGCCUCCCAGGUAGAGUGCACAGGGGCACGAAUUGUGGCAGUGCCCACCCCUCUGCCUUGGAAUGCUAUGAGCCUGCAGAUACUCAACACACACAUCACUGAGAUCACGGAGGCCCCAUUCAUCAACAUCUCAGCACUCAUCGCCCUGAGGAUGGAGAAGAACGAACUGUCGAACAUCAUGCCUGGUGCCUUCCGCAACCUGGGCUCACUGCGCUAUCUCAGCCUUGCCAACAACAAAAUCCAGAUGCUGCCCCCUGGCCUCUUUCAGGGCCUAGACAACCUGGAAUCCCUUCUGCUGUCCAAUAACCAACUGGCUCAGAUCCAGCCAGCCCAGUUCUCCCAGUUUAGUAAUCUUAGGGAACUCCAGUUGCAUGGCAACAAUCUGGAAUACAUCCCUGAAGGUGCCUUUGAUCACCUGGUGGGACUCACCAAGCUCAAUCUGGGUAAGAACGGCUUCACCCACCUGUCACCUAGGGUCUUCCAGCAUCUCGGCAACCUCCAAGUGCUCCGGCUAUAUGAAAACAGGCUUUCAGACAUCCCCAUGGGCACUUUUGAUGCCCUGGGCAACCUCCAGGAGCUGGCCCUCCAGGAGAACCAGAUUGGCACACUGUCCCCUGGCCUGUUCCACAAUAACCGCAACCUCCAGAGACUGUAUCUGUCCAACAACCACAUCUCACAGCUGCCCCCUGGCAUUUUCAUGCAGCUGCCUCAGCUCAACAAGCUCACACUCUUCGGCAAUUCCCUGAAGGAGCUCUCCCCGGGGAUCUUCGGGCCUAUGCCCAACCUGAGGGAGCUUUGGCUGUACAACAACCACAUCACCUCCAUCCCUGACAACACCUUCAUCAACCUGCCCCAGUUGCAGGUUCUGAUUCUCAGUCACAACCAGCUCAACUCCAUCUCCCCGGGAGCCUUCAAUGGCUUGACAAACCUGCGAGAGCUGUCCCUUCACACCAAUGCUCUACAGGACCUGGAUGGAAAUGUCUUCCGAGCGCUGGCCAACCUGCAGAACAUCUCCCUCCAAAAUAACCGCAUCCGACAGCUCCCUGGCAGCAUCUUCGCCAAUGUCAACGGCCUCACCACCAUCCAGCUACAGAACAACAACCUAGAGAACUUGCCCUUGGGCAUCUUUGAUCACUUGGUGAACCUGUGUGAGCUCCGUCUCUAUGACAACCCCUGGAGGUGUGACUCAGGUAUCCUCCCACUCCAUAACUGGCUCAUUCUCAACAGAGCCAGGUUGGGGACAGACACUCUUCCAGUGUGUUCCAGCCCAGCCAACGUCCGAGGCCAGUCUCUUGUCAUCAUCAAUAUCAAUCUCCCUGUGCCCAGUGUCCAGGCUCCUGAAGUAUCUAGCUACCCGGAAGUGCCACGUUAUGCAGACCCUGAUCUAGCUGGGUCACCCAGCUAUCCUGACACCACAUCCAUUUCCUCUACCACAGAGAUCACCACUGCCCUAGAAGACUACACCGACCUGACCACCAUUGAAGCCACUGAUGACCGCAAUACGUGGGGCAUGACUGAUGCCCAGACUGGGCUGGCCAUUGCUGCCAUUGUGAUCGGCAUCAUUGCUUUGGCCUGUUCCCUAGCUGCUUGUAUCUGCUGCUGCUGCUGCAAAAAGAGGAGCCAGGCAGUCCUGAUGCAGAUGAAGGCUCCCAAUGAGUGUUAGGGAAGCAGGCUCAAGCAGGGCUGGGGAAGGAUGAAACCAGAGG